UAACUUGUUGCUGGAAUAUUGCCCAGUUAGCUCUCGUCCCAUCCUGACUUGAAGUCGGCGUUUCCACAGUCGUCCACUUAUCAUUACCAGAGCAUCUACGUUGCCAUCCAUGACCUGGGCUUGAGAAAGACUAGGAACACUUGGUCCUACUCCCUCUCUUAACCCAUCUCUCUGUGGAGUCGGCUUUGCUUAGGCGAAGACCGGGGCGUCAAAAAUGCCUUACACACCACCCUCGCAGCGCUCGCCGGCUUCGUCGGGUCCCCCAUCACCUGACGGAAGCCGUCGUCCAUCAUUCCAUCAACCACAAAAUUCCGGUUCCCGGCCUACCCUUCCCCGCUCGGCAUCGUACCUCACGAGGCAUCGACGCACUCCGUCGGCGACACAACCUCGCGGGGGUCAACCGUCACCGGAAGCCACAGCAGAAGACCUGAAGAGCAUGGUGGCAAGUAGCAGCGUGCGGCAGUCACCGCCCCCCAUGACCGGCGCCCGCGGAAUGCCCAACGGCGCGAUAAUGUCGCCCCCAGACUCGGCUAGUGACGACGACGACCCGCCUGACGUCCGCGGCCGGCAAAUUGAGAACCUCAAGGAGCUUCACGAGGCGGUUAGCCAAAUACCCCAGCAAAGGACACACCUGCCAACAAGUAGUGGCGCAGCCGGGCAGGAGGCACCCGACGCCGGGGACUUGCUCCUCCUCCCGGCCCAAGCGAGUGCGUUAGCCGAGGGUAUGCAUCACAGCUUCAGCACGGGGUCGCUCGGGGAACUCAGAGCUGGAGGGGCCCGCCGGUUCACACACACGAGGUCGGCCACCGAGCCCCAUAUCUCCAUCAGCAAGUCCGCCGCUAGUUCUGUCACGGGGUCUGAGGAGGAUUCCGACGAGGACGGGCUUCGGAAGCCCCAGAUGGUGCGCAAGAAGUCGGGGGAACUCGUCAGGCCCGCCCUGCGCCCCGCAUCCCGGAGGCGACCCUCUAGCAUGCCCGGUACUCCAACGUUCUCGAAGGUGGUUCACUUUGACUCGCAUCUCGAACACGUCCGACAUUUCCUCCAGGUGGAUCGACCACUCGCCGUGAGCGCCGGCUCGUCGCCCGUCGACAACUAUGACAGCGACACCGAGUACCCCUUCUCAGGCGAUGAACGGUCGACCGGGCGAACCCCUCCAUUCGAGUGGGAGAUCAUCAUGACCAACUUCCCUGUCGAGACGCCGGUACGCAAGGCACAGCCGGUACGCCUCGAGAGGGUAUGGCUGUCGAAUGAUCAAAAGUCGCUCAUUGGGUCGAUCGCGGUGGCCAACCUGGCGUUCCAGAAACUGGUAGCUUGUCGGUUCACUCUCGACUACUGGAAGACAACGUCGGAAAUCGCGGCCGAGUAUGUCUGCGAGGUCCGUGGUAUCGACACCCCGUACACGCAGGACAGGUUCAACUUCACCAUCAAGCUGUCCGAUCUGGCCAACCUGGAAGCCAAAACGCUCUACUUCUGCAUCCGCUACACGGUGAACGGGCAGGAGCACUGGGACAAUAACAACGGCACAAACUUCCAGGUCGACUUCCGCAAGAAGAUGCUCCCGCAGAACGGAAAGAAGGGUUUCGCCGGCGCUGCUUCCCGCGGGCUGCCCAAGAGCAAUCGUCGGUCCGGGCAAAGGCCAAAGCAGGCAUCUCUGGCUUCGGACGAGUUUGGCGGGAAUCAAAAGCCCAACUUUGACAAGUCGAUCCAGGACUAUCUUGGGGAGUCGGGCUCUACAGGCCUCCGGCUCAAGGGCGUUAAGAGCGCCGGCGACCUCCCCAGCGACAAUCUUUCCAAGGGCCUGUCGGGGCCCAGCGGCCAGUUUGCCCUCCGGUACGACUUUGGCAAUUCCCUCAGCAGAGCCAUCCAGAGUGCCAAGAACGGCACCGCGACAAAGUCAGACGGUUUGUACAUGAAGCCCAACAAGAAGCCGAUUGCCGUGAACACGGGGACCGAAAACAUGGCCACACGGGCGCCAGGCCCGAGACUCGACUCGACAGGUGCUGCAACCGCGGCGUCGCCUGCGGACUCACCGAGCGCCGGAAUAUCAUCCACCUCGUACGACGAGAUGAUCCACAAGUGGUGCUUCUACGGUUCUAAGCCGAAAGCCCCUUCAUCGCAGGCGCGAACCGGCUCCUCCGAUAGCAGCACGGCAAGCUACGAUGGAAGCCCGGUGCAGAUGGGCAACUACCACCACUCGCAUAGUAGCUCGCAGCACCAUUCGCUACACCCGCAGGACGUAAACCCAUACCUUUCCCACCUGUCGUCGAGCCCGAGGGAUAUGGGGCCCUCGCCUACCGACCGCGGUCUAGGGCAGACGGUGAGCCCAUCGCCUGCACAGACUGCCGGUAACCCGGCCCGUCCACAGACAACCGCGCAGGAUUUUGCCCAUCUCGCCGGGGCUAAACCUCGCACACUACCGACGAGUCAACGUAGACGUGACUCGUAAAACGACACAGGGGCAACAAACGAUUGUAUCCGCCCCGGAGCACGGUCUCCAUGUUAUCACCCACCUCUUCCGGGUCUUGAUGCUUCCUCAUUCAUUCUCAGUCUUUCGGGGGCCUUUCAGGUGCCUCUCCUUCAGGGACGACGCAUGAAAACGGCGGUGUAAAAUAUUUCUUAUUCGGGUCCUUCCGGCGUCUAGGCUUUUUCUUCUUUGCAGUAUUACGGUCUGUGUUUUCGGUUUUGCAGUCUAGCACAUACGGGUUGGGACAUCAACAGGGGAAAAGGCGUUUCGUUUUCGGUUAUG